UUUCCUCGUGUUGUAAGAAAGUGGAACUUAAUUAUUGGACAGUGAUGUCAAUUUUUAAUUUUUAUUUAAAUUAUUGUUUGUUUCGCGCUAUAAAAACUCGAAACUAUGGGAUCACAAUGAGGAAUACACAGUCGCAAUAACUUAUAUGUUAAUUAUAGUAAUUAACAGAGGUAAAUCGCAUGAAAAAUGUCUGCUGAUUUAAAACAGUUUCGUGUUUCAUUGUAUAUCACAUUUCACAUGAAUACAACACCAUCAAUACGAACGGAGCAAAUACAAAUAAUUUACUGGGAAAAAGAAACACAGGCAACGAUGAAACAAAAUACGCUUGUUUUGUCAUUUGUGUUUUCGCAAUUUGAAUAUUCACUAAGCUUUCCACGCUAAUGGUCUUAAAUUAAAUUCCUUUCACAUCCGAUGGCGUUAAUAAUCCAUCGUUUUCGUUGACCAUUCGACUGUUAAAUGUAAACAACAGUUAAGUCAAGAUAUUUGGGGAACACAAACGCUUCAUUUGUAGUUGGCGUUUGCAGCGUGUCCAUCAAGUCAAAACGUCAAAAGAUGCUCGAUAACGCACGUUAUGAUUUUUGGUUCUUCAACGUCUUCCUCUUAAUUACUUGCUUAACAACAUUUUCAGCUGGCAGUGAAAAUAUACAGCGUAAUAUUGUACAUCGCAACGUAAGGUCAUUGAAUGGCACAUCCAGUGAUUUUUACAAUGGUACAGCGAGACACAUGAAAGUACUAAACAUUACUUUGAAAGAGGUAGUUAAAACAGUAAAAAUGCCCACAACAAUGUCGUCUUUAAAACAAGACACCACCAUGAAAUCAACAUCUCCACCAUUGAUAGUAAAAUUAGAUUGUAGGAAAGCGUAUUCGUGCAACAAAAAAUGUACAGACGGUGUAAAAUUUACUGUGUACUCAAGUUCCAAUAGCCCUCGUCAAGAAGACUGCAAUUGUGAUCAUGCUUGUAAUGAAGUCUUUGGAGAUUGUUGUGGCGAUUUUGAGCGUUCAUGCCCUAUUGCUAAGAAGAAUUUGACAAAUCUAUUUGAUUAUUUCCCUCAACAUAACGCCUGGCGUUGUGUAUAUUUUCCAAUACAUGGUGAUGGUUGUUCAACAGAACCUCGUGGCUCAUGGAUGAUUGCAGGAUGCCCUAACACUUGGCCUGACGACCAUGUAAAGUUCCAAUGCCAUCAUCCCGUUGACAAGUUGCAUGGACAAACUUAUCGUUCAUACCUCCCAGUUGUCAGUAUUUCAAAUUUACUGUCGUACAGAAACCAAUACUGCGCUCAAUGCAAUAAUGUUUCCAAAUAUGAACAUUGGACGAUGAUAUUUAAUGAGCACACUAUUCCUCCUCCUAAUUAUUCUCCAAGUGAUUUCACAAAAUUUAUUUCAAAAUACAGUAAUGAGCUUGUUGGUCUGCAACCUAAAGAAGGACAACGCAUGCGUCGGUGUACAUACUUUGACGUAAUCACAUCUUGCCCCAACUCGACUACUAUGAAAAAUAAGCUGGAGUGUGCGCAAGGGACUGUCGGUCUCGUUCAAGAAAUGCAUUCGAGAGAAAAGAUAUUCAAGAAUCGAGCUUGUGCAUCCUGUAACGGAUACAAUUUAGUCUGUGGGGUGUCUAAAACCAGAUUUGAUGGAUGCUUAGUUCUACCGAGUAUAAAUCGUGCUCUUAGUUUGCGAGAUUACGGCUUGUCGACAAGAAUAGAAUCUUGUCGAAAAAAUGAAGCUUUUGAUAAAUACAUUGGGAGGUGUCGAAAGAUUUAUAACAUCAAUGAGUUAAACAGAGGAAAUGAUGAUGUAUACCAACUUACUUUGUUUAUGUUGAGAAACCCAAAUAUUGGCUAUCAAUUUUCUCUUUUUGAACUGAAGGUUUCUCUUUCUGAUCACUACUCCUUGAACAAGUCUCAAAUUUCUGAACUCAACAUACUUCCGACAACUUCAUCUGAAGGUCCAGCAUAUCAGCUAUCUUUCAACAUUCGUUUAACUCCAUUGUUAAGUUUUGUUUUAGCAACAAAACGAGAACUAAGUAAUAGCUCAAAUGAAACGAUAACACUUCGACGUCUCUUUAGAUUCAGGCAAGCGUUUCAGUUACACUUAGGCACCUCCUCGACAUCUUUCACGGUUUAUCGUCAGGAAAUUCGUCAGGUCAAUUGCACUCGUCCACACUCCUAUAACCCUCAUGAAUACGUCAUCCAAGAAGAUUUAAGUAUCCGUAUUUUGAGCACCAAUGUGACCUAUGAACAGUACGAAUAUUUUGUGAAAAAUUUGACGAGUAACGCAACAGUUACAGUUUGUCUUAAAACUACACCCUAUUGUUCGGCUGUUUUCAUCCAACUUAACUCGACAGAAUUUUAUUUAACAGACAAUUUAACAUUGGUUUACAAUUCUCUGUCAUUUAAGCUUGGUGAUUACGUGUACCGGGGUGAAAAGUUUUAUGUGUGUGUCAAUUUUACCAGAAACUAUGAAAUAUCAACCAGAAAAUGGCCAAAAGAUCACAUAGCUUUGGUAGUUAUUACUUGGAUUGGAUUUAUAUCAUCCAUUGUUUGUUUGAUCGUUUUGAUGAUUACCUAUUGUGCAUUUGAAGAUCUGCGUAAUUUGCCAGGAAAGAAUCUUUUAAAUUUAUCUUUUACGUUGUGCAUGGCUGAGAUACUCUGGUUAGUAGGUUCUUUUCCAGAUGAAUAUUCAACAGCUUGUGCAAUUAUAGCUAGGGCAAAUCAUUAUUUCUUUUUGGCAUUUUUCUCUUCGUGCUUUGUUAUCGCUUUUCAUUCUUGCAUGGUAUUUGGUCGAAAAUUGUCGAUUCGUCGUACUCCAACUGAAGAAAAGAAGAUUUUCUUCAAGUAUUGUCUAGUUGUGUGGCUACUUCCGGCUAUAUUUCUUAUCAUCUUUGGUAUUCUAGAUCACAUUGAUGUACUGGUUAUAGAUUACGGUCGUGUAGAUGCAUGUUGGCUGGGCACUAAAAAAUCCAAAAUACUUCUUUUUAUCGUUCCAUUUGGCAUAAUUUUGCUGCUUAAUCUUGCUCUGUUCAUUGCGGUUUCUUUGCGUCUUCGUGAAAAUCAAAAGACAAACUUAAAACAACUUGGUGUUGAUGGAAGAAAACGUGGAGUGCAAAACGUUAAAGUUUGCAUAAGGUUAUCAACGUUGAUGGGAUUUUCUUGGCUAUUUGGAUUACUACAGAUUGUAACAGAAGAUAAAACUGAUGUAUUUGCCUAUGUCUUUGUAAUAUUUGUCAGCUUUCAAGGAUUGUUUAUUUGUGUGGCCUUCUUAUUUCGAAAGAAAUCUUACGAACUUUAUCGUAGUUUUGUAUCGAAAAAUUUGACAUCUUCGAAAGAGAAAAGUACACGAACAACUGGAUUCCAGGAAACUCAUCUGUGAUAUGUAUUCUCUACUUCUGAAAUCUUCAUUUAUGUUGCUCAUAUUGACAUUAAGGGAUGGGAAUGGUAAUGUUGUUUUUAUCAUAACUGCACAGAUGAUUGGAAAUUGGUUCAUCGCUUGUGUCCUUUGCCAAUUACAUGACAAAUCCAAAGCCGCGUUUACAGAACAAUCCUCAGCGAAGUUGUAUAAUUUAACACUUUGAAAUGAGUUGUUGUGUAGCUGAAAUACAAACUCGCUUCAACUUUUGAGAGAACAGCAUAAAAAAAAUAGUUGUUGAUAUGGAUAAACGUAUAUUAUACUUAGCUAUAUUAAGUUUUUUUUUGUCAAAUCAAACUGAUUUCCGUAAAGAUAGUGACAAAGAAAACUUGACCAAAAGUAGAAUAAAUAUAUGUAAUUAACAGCAACUAGAAAUCGUACAAAGAAUUCACGUGGUAAUAAAGUCUAAUUUUUUGACUGUUAA